AUGUUCUUCCAGGUUGUAGUGUUCUCUUGCGCUUUGGCCCUGGCCUAUGCCAGCGCGCCAAUCGCCUACUCUGCCCCAGUGGUCGCAGCAAGACUUGAAGAGCUCGACAGUUUCCCUCAAUACCGUUUCGGAUACAACGUAGCAGAUUCCCUCACUGGUGACUACAAGAGCCAACAGGAACAACGUGAUGGUGACUUAGUCCAAGGUUCCUACUCGGUCGUAGAACCUGACGGCACUCGUCGUGUUGUGGAAUACGCUGCUGACUCUGUAAAUGGAUUUAAUGCGGUGGUCCGCAAGGAGCCGUUGGUUGCCGCCGCCCCAGCUGUCGUAGCUGAACCCGCUGUUGUCCCCGCUCGUAUUGCGGCUGCACCCGUAGUUGCUGAACCGGUCGUCGCUGCCAAAUUUGCUGCACCUAUUGCUCAACCUGUGGUUGCCGCUCGUUACGCUUACGCUCCAGCGCCAGCAUACUACAGUAACGCUGCCGUCGCUGCAGCUCAAUACGCUGCGGAACCAAUCGCUCCCGUGGUGGCUAGAUACACCGCCGCUCCAGUAGCCGCCCCAGUGGUUGCUAGAUACGCUGCUCCUGUUGCUGCUGCCCCAGUUGUAGCUAGAUACGCCGCUGCCCCCGUUGCUGCUGCACCGGUUGUAGCUAGAUAUACCGCUGCCCCAGUAGCAGCCGCCUACACAGCCCCUGCUGUAGUGCCAGCCCGUUACACCGCCCCAGUAGCUGCUUACAGCUUGCCAGCUGCGUAUGCCCAAUACGCUUUGCCUGCUGCCUACAGUGCUGUUGCACCAGCUCGCCUCGCUGCCGCGCCUGCGCCAGUGGCGGCCGUAGCUCCCGCACCCGCUAAACUCGUUGAAAACACCGCCGCGGCUGGAUACAGAUACCCUUGA